AUGCUGGAAUCACCGAAAUUCAUUGAUAAUGACAACUAUCAAGGCAGUCGAGCCUUCACCUGGCUGGCGGAUAUGUGUGGAUUGUCUGUAGAUUUGAUCAACUUUUUAAUAUGCCAAAUUGGCGCACUCUUCCUAGCCUCGCUGUUUCGCUCCAUCCUACAUCCGACCAGAGUAUCAGCACAUGUGCGUCACAUUUUCGCGCUAACGGUUGGCUUGGCCUUUGGCUAUUUUUGCUUUGGACCACAAGCCAUACAUAUUGCCGGACUUCCAGCCGUUUGCUAUAUUGUCAUAAGGACACAGGAUCCACGCGUGGUGCAGCGAAAUGUUAUGCUCGUCGCCAUGACUUACUUGCUGUGCAUCCAUCUGAUUAGACAGAUCUACGAUUACGGCUCCUACUCGCUGGACAUCACCGGCCCACUAAUGAUAAUUACACAAAAAGUAACAAGUUUAGCGUUUAGCAUACACGAUGGCUUUGUGCGUCAGCAUAAGGACCUCACCAAAGCACAACAAUAUCAUGCCGUUUAUAAGUUACCAUCGGCGCUUGAAUAUUUUUCAUAUGUUUUACAUUUUCAAGGCCUAUUGGCCGGCCCAUUGGUAUUCUACAAAGACUACAUUGACUUUGUUGAAGGUUACAAUUUACUCAAGCGACCAUCGACCAAUGGCAAUUUAGAUAAUGGCAAAUCAGAAUUGGUACUAGAACCUUCACCCAUGAAGGCGGUCAUCAAGAAAGUCAUCGGUAGCAUGGUGUGCGCAUUCAUAUUUAUGAAAUUCGUAAAAAUGUAUCCCGUUAAGAAUAUGAAAGAGGAUGACUUUGUAGCGGGCACCUUGGUGCCGUAUAAAUUCUGGUAUGCCAUGAUGGCUACAUCGUGCAUACGCUUUAAGUAUUAUCACGCAUGGCUAUUGGCCGAUGCCAUAUGCAAUAACUCGGGUCUUGGCUUCACCGGCUAUGAUAAGGAUGGCAACUCGAAGUGGGAUUUAAUAUCGAAUAUUAAUGUGCUGGGAUUUGAGUUCGCUACCAAUAUGCGCGAUGCAAUCAACAAUUGGAAUUGCGGCACAAAUCGCUGGUUGCGCACCAUUGUCUAUGAGCGUGUGCCGAAAAAGUAUGGCACUGUUUUGACAUUCGCUUUGAGCGCUGUCUGGCAUGGCUUCUAUCCCGGUUACUAUGUGACAUUUGCCACCGGCGCUUUGGUGGUCACGGCUGCGCGCUUGGCUCGUCGCAUGUUCCGUCAUCGCUUCCAACGCACCCAGUUUACACGUAUGUUCUACGACAUACUCACAUGCCUGACUACACGCCUAGUAAUGGGUUAUGCAACAUUCCCAUUUGUUCUGCUUGAAUUCAUGGGCAGCAUUCGAUUGUACCUGAGAUUUUAUUUCUGUUUCCACAUAGCCGCACUUAUUACCAUUUUCAUUUUACCCAAAUUCAUACGCGGCGAACAGCGACGCGAACCCCAAACACAACCACAAAAACAACAAAAUCCUAGUGAUGAAAAUAUCAAGUCCAACAACUUAAGCACCGCCUCAUUGCCGGCGUGCAGUACAGCUGUAAAGGGCAACCACCUCAACGACACAAUCACAGCAAAAAUACCUCAAGGCAAUAAUUGUAAUGAUCUCAAUGAUGUUAAUGACGACGAUGACGAUGAUAACCUCAGCGCACCGAUAGCAGCAGCAAAUAAGACGAACAAAAAGAGUCCACCACAACCCACACCGCCAGUGCCAGCACCGAGUGUGGCGUGUGCACGCGAAGCGGUCAGUGUGCAGCAUGAAGAAUGCGAAAUGGAUCAAUUAGGUAAUAAGAUUAAGGAGAAAAUCGGCACCGAGACGAAGAAUAUUGAAGAAUUCAUCGAUAAGACUGUGGCCGAGACGGUGAGCGGCAUCGUGGAGCUGAAGAAAGAUUUGAUGCGCAAUCGUGGUUUCCCCACUAUGCCUCUAACACAGGAUGGCCUACGCAAGCGAGUUGGAAUCGGUGCAAAUGGUACGGCAUUGAACGCGGGUAUUGGUAGCGCAACUGGCAACGAAACAAUCGACAAGCUUGUGAAUGGUGUAGAGGAGAGUGGUGCUUUUUUGAAGAAGGAAAUCGAAGUCAUCAAUGCGGUGGUGCAACAGGCGAAUGUCCUGCCAGCUGUGCUGAGCAAUGGGCAUGCUAAAUAGUAAUAAGCAAAACCACAAGCAGUUAAGAAAAGUCUAAGCUGGCUGGCUGGUGCAGCGGAAAGGAGGAGGGAGGCGUGGGCAAAGCAUGCGGCGGCAGAGAAAGGAAGUCGGAGGGAGAAUGGAAAGCAGGAAAUUGUUGGUGUGAAUGGCAAGCUGUUGGCGAAGCAAGCAACAUUAAUUUUAUUUUGGGGGCGAGUUUAUUGCCGUAUAAAAAGAAAAUAAUUACAACUCGAUAGAUAUGUAUGUAGGGAUGUCAGCGAUGGCGUGAGAUUUGAACUAGAAAAAGGUACCAAUGCGAGGCAAAUGCAUUGAGAAUUUUAUAUAACAUGAACAUAACUAUGUAUGUACAUAUGUGGAGAAAAAAAGCACAUCACACCAAGAAAACACAACUGCGCACGCACACACACAUAUACACCAACACACACAGCUAUGCGCAAGCCUUAUCAGCACAAAAAAACAUAUUUUUUGUAAACAGUCGCCAGCGUUACAGUCGCCACACAAACACAUGCAUACAUAUUUUACACAAUAAAAUGUAAAAAAAAAAUUAUUAGCAACAACAAAAAAAUGCUCUUAAAAUUGUUGCAUUGCAGCUUAAAUUUAAUUUUGUAUCUUUUUCCUUCCGUUUUUCAUUGUGAACAUUCAAAAAUUGUCAUUAAGCAAUUUUCUGUAUUCAUUAAUCCAUACAAUAAAUACAUAUACGUACUGUUAUUUGCGCAUUGAACAAAGCUUAACAUUGAUAAAAUACACAAUACGAUUUUUUACAAAUUAUAACC